UGUGAGCGUACGAUUUAGUACGAGCUAUGUCCAGAACUAGUAAGUAUGACACGCUCGAAUCAAGGGCUCAUACAUAAAGCAUUCCCAAAGGAAGAUAAUGGACUUCCCUUCACUUAAAGUUAUAGGGUUUAACUGACAAGACAUCGUUGGUAAGUAAUCACUACGGGGAAUAAGCGCGGAUAAAGCUACAAACAACCUGGCGUGCGUGGGCAUGGGUUUUCUGAGAAUCGAAUCCUUCUAUUUUAUCCUAUAUAGAUGCACAUUUCACUACAGUUUUUAGCCACUUAUCUUUCAUGUUUGCAGUUCCAGUUCGACUAAUGGAACGAGAUACACCUUCAACCUCACCGUUUGAUUGUCCUGUGGGCAAUUUGCCAGUAGAGUUACACUCUGCUAUAUUUCUCAUCGGCCAAGCCAUCGAGCGUUUAGAGCGUGAAAUGGAAAUCCUUGAUGAAGAAGAGUUUACAGGACCGUCAUCACCCUUCGAGGUCCGAGUGUCCCAUGUAAACGCGCGGUGGCGAUCUGUGGCACUUAACACAGGCCAGUUGUGGACGGAUUUCGUUGUCCAGCCCGGGUAUUCCUCCGAGAGUGUCGAGGCUUACUUUUCUCGUUCGAAACAAUGCCUCCUCGACAUCCAGCUUCGUGAUUGCCCGGAAACAUCGAUUACAACCAACAUAUUGUCCGCGUUGUUUCAGGAUUCGAUUCGUUGGCGGAGUUGCAUAAUCGAGGCCGGGUUGGACAGCUGGACUAUGAACCAGAUAGUUCCUAUUGCUGCUCCUAACCUGGAGCGAGUUGAAUUCGUCGUCAGAGCUCCAGACAGAGCUAGACGAUUCGGCGAAAUAUGGCAAGGCCGGCCUGUUUUGAACGGAGGCUGUCCCAGAUUGAAGCAGGCAACUCUCCGUGGGUUCGCCUUGCAUUUUGCUCGACCCCCGUUAUCCAGCGUCACUCGCCUCCAUCUUGACUAUCGAGGGCAUCUUCCGCUUAACUACGACGAGUUCAGAGAAUUACUGACGAAAGCUCGAUCACUAGAAAAUUUCUCCAUCAAUGGGGUAGUUAUCGAAUCCAUGCCUCGCAACCAUACACGUACGGUCAUUGUCCUUCCGAAGCUCCUGCGCCUCGGUAUCUCCAGCCUACAUGGCCAGGUGUACAGUGGUAUUCUUCUUACCGUCAAGGCUCCACUUUUACAAUCUCUCAUUUUAGAAGGGGCUCAAGAUUCUGACCUCGAUCCAUUUCUGGAUGCACCUUAUGAUCUUCCCCACCUCCGUUCGUUCUCCUUGUGUGGAUCCGCUUUCGCGCCAUUGAAACUCAACAAAAUCUAUGUCUUGUUUCCAUCAUUAGAAGAGAUAGUGCUGAUGGAUAUGGUUUUCAAUCCCUCCGAAAUCCUCCGAGUUGUGUCGGAAUCUAUACGCGAUUUAGGCCUCGCCCCAUUGCACCUAAUACAAUCCACGUUAUCCACGAGCCAAGAGCCACAGACACUAGUGCUCAUGUUGAAUCCCGACCAACGGUCUGAUUUGAGAGAACUACUACAGCAGAGACUCGUUGACGAAGAGAUUGUUGAUUUGGACAAUAGUAAAUGGUCGUUCAUAAAGUUCUUCGAUUGGCUGCAACAUUUUGUUACUGCGGAAAUCCUUCUGUCAGUGACGACCUAACACAUAUGAUAAACCACAAAUGUACAUACAAGCUGUCC